UUUUAGUUUAUUCCCAACAGAAAUAACGAUCGCUUGUUAUCUGAGGCGAACUGCCGGUGUCCUGACGCACGCACGGACGCGCGCGAGUUUAUCAGGAGGCGUCAAGCUCGAGACUCGUUUAUUCUGAGGAGGAUUUCGCACUUGCUCGCACAGUUUCGCGGUGAUAUUAUUGUGGUCAGUGGAAGCAUGUGAAGCUGUUAUAUUCAAGGAAUGGAUCUUAAAAGGUGUCCGAAAACUACAGGUUUCCCUGGUGAAUAAACACUGCCGAACACUGCCAAAAUGGACACGAAAUGGACGUUCAUGCCCAAUUCCAACAUGUCCCUCCCUGACCGCCUGCUCAAUGAUAGUUUCUUCCCCGGAAACGAGUCUGACUUCGGUCUGGAGAUGUACCCUCACAACAGCACCCACCCUGGCUUUGACCAAACCAGUUCUGUUGUCAUCACGUUCGUGUACUUCGUGGUCUGCGCGGUGGGGCUCUGUGGGAACGCCCUGGUCAUGUACGUCAUCCUGCGCUACGCCAAGAUGAAGACCGUCACGAACAUCUACAUCCUGAACCUGGCCGUGGCGGAUGUCCUGUGCAUGUUAAGCUUGCCUUUCAUCGCCAUUCAGCUCUCGCUGCUCCACUGGCCCUUCGGAUCGGCGAUAUGCCGCGUCGUCAUAACAUUGGACUCCAUGAACCAGUUCACCAGCAUCUUCUUCCUGACGGUCAUGAGCUUUGAUCGAUACCUGGCCGUGGUGCAUCCCAUCAAAUCCACCAAGUGGCGAAAGCCGCGCAUGGCCAAAAGCAUCAGCCUGGCCAUGUGGGUCAUCUCUCUGCUGGUCAACCUGCCCAUUAUGAUCUACAGCGGAGUGAACGUUAAAAAGAACGAGGCGAGGACGUGUACCAUGUUGUGGCCAGAGCCACAGAACACCUACUACACCGUUUUCAUCUUCUACACCUUCUUCAUGGGGUUUUUCUUACCGCUGAUCGUCAUCUGCAUGUGCUACCUGCUCAUCGUCAUAAAGGUGAAAUCCUCCGGCAUGCGAGUCUGCUCCAGCAAACGAAAGCGCUCGGAGCGGAAAGUCACCCGUAUGGUGUCUAUCGUAGUAGUGGUGUUCGUCUUAUGCUGGCUACCUUUCUACGUGUUCAACGUGACGUCUGUGACCGGAACGGUUCCCACCACACCUGUGCUGAAGAGCACCUUUGACUUCGUGGUGGUGCUGGGAUACGCCAACAGCUGCGCCAACCCCAUCCUCUACGCCUUCUUGUCAGACAACUUCAAGAAGAGCUUCCAAAACGUCCUGUGUCUUAAGAGAGUCGGGGGCUUGGACGAGAUCGAGCGCAGCGACAGUCGACAGGACAGGACUCGGAUGGUCAACGACGUCAUGUCUGAGACGCACAACGCCGCGCUGCUCAACGGAGACCUUCAGACCAGCAUCUGACGAGGAGAUACACAUCUGCUGAGAUUAGAUGCGACAUGAAAUGUGUUCAGUGAUUGGGAGAGAUUUAGUAUUUAAGACCAACGAUACAGAUGCAACCCAAACGUCUUAAAAAAUGCAUUUGCAUGGACUUGAUCUGACUUGUCUCGUGUAUUUAAGCGAUGAGCAAACGAAUGUUAUUUACUGUAAACUAUGUUUGGUGUAAGUGUCUGAAGCUGUUGUGUUUCUCGCGUGUGUAUGUUCACUUCAGUGCCAAAACUGAUUUAAUGUUAGAAGGUGAGUCUGUCUCCAGUAAGAUCACGGCUCUCAUUAGAUUAACAUUAUUUCAUUGUCUUUAUGGAAACGCAAGGCCGAGCUUGUUAGAGGCUUCUUAUUAUUCAAGGCUUUGUGUGAUGAUGAAAACAAGACGAGCGAGCGAGCGAGUGAUGCAUGACAAGGACAAAUCACUGAAUGUAAAACAUCUCCGAAAUCAAAAAAAAAAAAAAAAAAAUUCGGGUAGCAUAUUUAUUUGGUUUUUUUUUAGUGCAUUAUGCUUAGAAUAUCUCGUUUACAUUCAUGUCAUGUAAACUCUGGUUCCCAGUCGAGUCUUAUUUUGGUAGAGCAUAUGUACAUAAAGUCCAAAAGAGGAGGAAAAGAUGGGCUCUGUUACAAAACUUAGUAAGCUUUCUACUUAAACAGCAUUAUAUGCUGCUCCAAAAGAAGUGUAGGUAGCACUAUUUAAGAUACCUCCUUCUUGAGCGAACUUCAAAGGCAGUAUUUAUACAGUAAACUUCAUAAAAAAGGCAAUCCUAGAAUGCACAGUUAAAAAACUAAAAUGGACUAUUUGACUCAUAUUUUGUGUUUUUAUGCUUAUUAGAGGACUGCGUUUACCUGUGCAACAUGCUAUUGUCUGAUUCUAUAGGAGUCAUUAUGGUCUUAAAUGCACGCUUUAUUUUGAAACAGAGCUUUAGAUUAAUUUAGAGCUUCGUUUCACUCGUUAUUCUGAGAAAGUAUUCAAACAAGUGCAUAAUUACACAGUUCUUGUAAAAAAAUAUACCUCGUAAUAAAACAUAAGAUGUACAGCUUUUAACCAUCAUUGUGAUGAAUGCAUCCCGUCACAACACAUGGACUGUUCUGCGGUGAUGAUGAAUAGCAUCAAGCAGCUGCUUUGCAUAUGCAUUGCUUGGAGGACUUUAAAAACUAUUAUUUAUUCUAGCAAGGCUGAUAAAACGACGCUGCAAGUGCCUUAAAUAAUCACGCAUUCAUUCAUAGAGCUUUAACAAUAAACCCUCCACCUGAAUGUAGAAGUGAUUCAUCUGCUUGUAAAUAAGUUGCUCAUUUAAAACCGCUGUUGCUUACAGAGAUGUAUAAUGUGUAAAUACCGAGCUGGCAUCGACAGAACGGAUUCAGCUCUUGCCCGUUCGAGGGCUUUAGAACAUUUGAACAUUUGCGAAGGGCUAAAACUGAACUUGUUUACUCUAGUGUGUCUGAUUUCUAAGGGUCAGAAGCAGAUCUGUUACGCUGCAAGGGUUGCAAAGUGAAUGAGUUCACGUCUAGUUUUUUUUCUUUCUAGGACACAUUUCGAAACCUUGAUGACGGCAAAGUGGUUGUUGCAGUAUUUGUCAAGUACUUUGAGUUGAGCGUGCCUUUGACCGUCAGACAGUGUGUGUUUGUGUGUGUCGUCAUGUUUCUGUGUUGUAUUCUCAGUCUGAUGGUGUGGGUUCAAAUGCAUUCACUUAAUAUUAAUGCAGAAUUUCAAAGAUGUCUGUCUUUUUUCACGUCUGUUUGAUUAAAGGAACAGUUCACCCAAAAAUAAACACUCACACUCAGGUCAUCGAAGAUCAGGAUGAGUUUGUUUCUUCAUCAGGUUUGUGGAAAUGUAGCAUUGCAUCAGUGUCUCAUCAAUGGAUGUGAAUGGGUGCCGUCAGAAUGAGAGUCCAAACAGCUGAUAAAAACAUCACAAUAAUCCACAGCACUCCAGUCCAUCAGUGAACAUCUGGAGAAGACAGCUGUUUGGACUCUCAUUUUGACGGCACCCAUUCACUGCAGAUGAGACACUGAUGCAAUGCCACAUUCCUCCAAACCUGAGGCUGUUAUUCUCUUCGUUGCUAAACUGCCACAGCUCAAUUUUUGCCCAGCUGUUUAUUUUAAAGAUCCAAUUUAUUACAAUCCACUUGAGCAGAAUAAUCCUCAGGUCAAAUUAAGUGAUUCCUCACAUGCUCUUGUCGUCAGGUCAUUUGUGGAGAAGCAUGAUUGUGUUUUAAUUAAAUUUUACAAAGGCGCAAACCCAUUUUAAUUGAAAUAGAGAACAUUGCAUAUUUUAUAACAUUUAAUAAUUGUAUAAUACGGUCUAAUUUGUUAGCAUGAGCAAUGCAUUAUCUAACAUAAAACUAUAAAAUAUUUUGAAGCAUUGGUAAUAGAAAAAAAAUGAAAUACAAUUAUGUUGUACAGUUACAUAAAUUAGUUUUAUUUAAAAACAUAUUAGUAAUUUUUUUAAUUAAGAUUAAUAAGAGCAUUUGUUUAUUGUUUAAUCAUGUUUAAUAGUUAAAAAAAUACAGUGUUUCCCAUUUAACAUUACAGCUGUUUUAAAGCUUCAAUCAAAGUACAAGAUAAUGCAAAUACCCUAAAUGUAAUAUUAUGCCAUUUGUGAGGUGCAAUAUAUAAUAUUCUUAAGUUAUAUGUAUGCAUUUGUGUUUAAAAGUGGCUGGUAAUGAUUUUAACUGAGAAAUGAUCAUGCAAAUAAUCCAAAUAUAUUACUUAGAAAUCAAUCUCGUUUGUAAUCUGUGAGUCAAAUGUAUCCUUCAACACAAGUGAUGAACUGCUGUAAUGACACAAUGUCUCCCUCUGUUGUCCUGUACGGGUUUCGUUUUCUGUUUAUAAAGUGAAGGAUUGUUAGACUUGAGGAUCUUGAAUGGCUUUGUAUCUUUUGGCUUGUAUAUGGAUUAUGCAUCAUGUUCAUGACCUGUAAUUAUUGAAAAAAUGUUGAGAAAAAUGUGACUGAUUAACCGCCAACCUUUUUUUUUUUGUGUUGUUAUUGACAAAAAAGAAAUGCAUUACAUUCAUUUACCAGACAAAUAAAGGCUUGUGUGUGAGCAA